AGAAAAUGUGAGGUGAUGUUUACGAUUGCCAAGUAUUUAUACUUUUUAUUUUGAAAAAUAACGAAUGGGCUUGUUUCAUUCCCGAAAAAAUGACCGAAUUUACACUUAAUUAUCGUGAGGUUAUCCCCGAUCAAUCCAUCUCUGAUAAUUGGAAAGAAAUAACACUCACCACAGGCGGUACACAAAGCACCCUACAAGAUAUCAAAGUAGCAGAAAAGGCCAAUGGAUUCUGCUAUGAAGACUCCACUAAACACCAUACUAGAAACAGAUUCAUUUAUUGGAGAAUAAAUUAUGAUGUACUUGAACUAGUAGAACACAGUCUUGAUAUAAACCUAACAGGUAACAGAGUGAGAUAUAGAUUCACUGAUACCCCUAUAUUAGAUGGUGUAUCCUUACAUGAGACUUAUGAGAAUGUCAUUGUACUGGUUCCAACAGUUUGCAGUGUUCAUAGAUUGAUAUUUCCUCAUCCAGAUAGAUUCCAUAGACAGGAUGAGUUGCUAGGUAUACAUCCUGAUCUAGGUGCCCCUUCAAUUUUUGUGAAAGCUUCCUCACUUGAUACUAGGAACCCAAUUACUUUCCAUGUGUUUAACAAUCCUAGUACAGUUGGUGAUCAGCUGCCAAAUUUGGCCAGUUCUUAUUUAUCUCCAGAGACUGAAGAAGCUUUCUUCAUAUUGGCAUAUCCUUCCACUGAGCUAUUGCUCAUCAAACAAAAUCCAGAUGAUGGUCAAGUAGCUACUACAGAGCUGAAAGGGGAAUCUUUGAUGCCAAGAUUUUUAUCAGGCCUUGCAGAAAAGUUCAGAGCAAGAAAUUCUGAUAGUGAAACUGUAGUGAGUCUUUUAUUUUAUGUGGUUGAUUAUGAAAUAUAUGUUUUGACUCUAUGUAGAGAUGGUCAUUUGAAAUUCUGGUCAUGUAGUAAAGGGCAGUGUGUUGCUGUCAUAGACAUUUUAGAAAAAACUGGUGAUCAUUCCAGAGAUGGAGUAUUAACAGCCACUUUGAGAAAAGCAGUGGAUGGUAACAGCACAGAAAGUAUCUUGGCUGUUUUCAUGAGCUUGUCAACAGGUUGUCAAUUCCAUAUUUUGAGUCCUGUGAUUAGGGGACAAGAGAUCACAAUAGAUCGCUUGGACACUAUUCAUUCUCCUGAAAAUGAUCUGAUCGAUUUCGCCCUGCAAACGAACCGAUUGUGGUCCGCAUGGCGGUGCGAAGACGGCGAAUGCGUCGUGUUCACUGCGGCCCUGCGAGCGGGGCCCACUCGAGCCAAGUCUAGCUGGGCCCCCGUGGUGCUCGAGACGCUGCCAGACGCCAACAGGGCGCCGGACAGCGACGGCGAGAGCGACCCGAGGCAGUUCUAUUUGCAGCAGGUCUUCCAGCCGGGCAGGUUUCCUGUCAACAUCAUCAGCAAAGCGUUGUCGAUUUACAAACGUUCAACUAUUCUGGCCGAAACCCACUUAUCAGCCUCAGCAUUGAAACAAAGAAUCUGCCUUGCUGUAGACAACGAAAUACAAAACACACUGAACGGCUCCGCUGUGAAUGACGAGGAAUAUCUAGAAUGUGCAGAAUGGUGUUGGCAGAAGUUUUAUUCAUGCUGUGUACAGUACCACAUAGCGAGUCUCAAACCGUUGGGUCUGAUGUUGCUACCUUCUGUUUCGGGAGCGGUGUUUCUAAAGAAAUCCGCUUUUUCAUUCCUGAGACCUUUAGACCCCCUCGAACAUAUGACCUUGUGUAGUGAUAGCACCUACAGUGAUCAGUUCGUCAACUUUUCAAUGUUGGCCGAAGAUAUUGAUACGACUCAAGAUGUAAUGAAACUUUUCGAGGUUAUCGUAUACUUGGAACAGCAGAUGAGUGAACUGUUUGGCCAAGCAUUCGAAAAGGAGCUUUCCAAUUUGCGAGCGCCUGACGUGGUCAUGGACAAUAUCUUGGAAAAGAUUCAGUCAGAGAUGGACUGUCAGUUCACCGCGCACAUUCUGAACAUGUUGGGCAACAUCGGCGAUCUGUACAAGUCGAUGCACAAAAUUUUGGAGCUGCUCAGAUACGAAAACACCUUGGCCAAUCCAGACAACGAGAUAAACCCUUCUGCUUUGUACCAUUUCAGCUCUCAACUAGGUGUGUCAGUUGUAGCAGGGUGUCUGAGGCAGCAGGCUCAAAUCAGAUUUCAAAUUUGCCGGAACUUGCUGUUGAUUUGUAACAUUCUGUUGAGCUUCAAAACUUCUGACAGUGGGGUGUUGGAAGCUAUAAGGUCUGUGUGCACCCCUGAAAUAGUGGUUCUUACUCAAGCUAGCUAUGUGAUGCUCUGGUUGAGUGGAUUACCAGCUUUAGUUAACCUGCCUCAGGAAUCUAGUAUACAACGUUUGACUCCUCUCAAGCUGAAUCCAGUGUUCAAUUUGAGAAAUUCCAAUACUUGCGUAUCUCUGUUGGAGCUGUUCACUUCAUCUGCUGGGGGUCAGGAGGCAAGAAGGUCAUUUGCUAGAGUGAAUUGUAGUGAUGAGGCUCUAGCACACUGGCAUUUAUCGCUGUUGCCUUUUUUAAACCAUCUUAGGCACAUUAUAUGGCCAAUAAGUGGUGGAACCGUUUUGGCAGAAUGGUUACUGAGCAGUGGCCAGCACUUGUGGUUACAGCAGUACGUCAGGUUACUGAGCAAUUGGUGUGAAUGGAAUAGUUGUACACGAAAUUUUCUGCUGGCAGCCUCUUAUUUGACCAGUGGAGAAAGCUACAAAGCACAGGAAUUAUUCGAGAAGUCAGCAAAAGGUGUAUUUACUGAUAACUUUUUGCAAGAAAGAAUACUUAAAGGAGCUGAAGAUAACCCUACCAAAGCGUAUAUCAACUACUACCUCAAAGUCAUUCAACUUUUUGAGCUACAUAAAGCCAGAGACUGUGCUAUAAGUGUAGCAAACACAGCUUUAAGCAUAGUAGAACCACAUGAUCCACUAGCUGCCACCUUGUAUUCAAUCAAAUUCAAACACCAACUGGCCUUGAAACACUACGAAUUUGCAUUCGACUCCCUAUAUUCCAACCCCGACGCGGAGCGAAAAAAAGACAACUUGCGAGACCUGGUGAAAACUUUGCUGGACGAGAGGAAGCUCGAUACGCUGCUCAACUUCACCUACGGGGCCAUGGACGAGUUCUUCACGAAUAUACUGCUCAGCAGAGCGCGCGCCACCGACGCUGUCAGCAAUAUUUUCUACGAUUUCCUAUACUCGUAUCAGAUCCAGAGGGGGCCUCAGAACCAUAGGUUAGCGGCUUCUGUUAUGUACGAACAAGCGUUCAGAUUGAAUCACACGAAUACCGUAGAAGCGCUGGAGAAGCAGGUGAAGUGCUACUUGGCGGCAAAGAACGUUCUUCAUCUGUGCAAACCGGAGCACGCGUGGGUCGUGAGACCUUCCGAUCCCGAUGAGGAAGACGAAGAAGUGGUCAUUCAACCGUUGGCUGGAUCGAAUCAGGAAUUGAGGGUAUUCAAGUUGAGAAAACAAGUGGAAGUUGUGAACAUCAAUGCAAUAAAAAAUGAUCUUAUUUUCGCAAGUGCAAAACUAAAAGUAGCAAGAUUCAAUGGUACAUUACCUGUAAGCAUAACAAACCCUACCGAGUUGGUGACAUUGUUGAACAGCGCAGGUCUAUUCAAAACUGCGCUGGACAUUUGUACGACUUUUGAUUUGCCAUAUAAUAGUGUUUUCGAUACUCUUACAAAACACUGUGUCCUACUGUCUGAAGAGGAGAAUCCAAAUUCAUGGAAUUGGUUGGUGGAAAAUGAUCUGCAAGAUCUUCCUGUUAAUAGAGAUAGUGCGUCUGAUGUCAUUUGGCAGCUUUUACAGGACUAUUUGGAAAAAUACGAAAAACCCAAUAUGACAACCCUUCAUUGUGUUGUCUGCAGAAAGAUCAUACAAAUGAGGAUUUAUGUCCCCCAUUGGCUUUUGGCCUCUUAUAAGUUGAGGAACGCUUCCGAGCUGCUGAGACUGCUGCACGGCAGCGGCAGACUGGAGGAGGCCGUCGAAGUGGCCAACGAGUACCUGCUGGCCGCCCUGGGAUACGGCAAGGAGUUCUACGGCUUCGCGAGGUCUGUGGCCCCCGCGGCGCCUGCGUUCUGUCUGCCCGUGUACGCCAUUCGGCGCCUCAUCGACGAGCUGGACGUGCAGAAUUCGAAGAACAUUGAGCAGCCCUAUCUCGAGGAAUACAAAAAUCUGAAAGAAGUUUUCGAAAAAUAUCUGGAGACCUCCACAAGAGUUUCCAACCAAAUGUGUCAAACUAAAUUGACAUCAGGAUCUUUGAGAACAAAUAUAAUAGGAUAUAGUUGAUGUGUAGUAGAUUAUAAUGUAUUGAACGUCUUUUUAUAUCUAAUAAAAAUUGUGGAUUUUU